CAUGGAUACUUCCGCACCAUCACAAGAAACCUAAUGAAGUAUAAAAUUGCUUAUUUUAUGAAGUGGUCAUUUUCUCAAAACGCAUGUCAGAACAAGCACAGACUGUGGACCUUCCCUCAACGUCAGUUGGCACUGAGCGCCAUUAUGCAGCCCUCACCUAUGUCAGAUAAACAAACAUUAAGGAAAUCUGAAUUUCCAUCAUGUGCCCGGGAGGCUUUGCAGAAAGUCGAACAACUAUGUGUCCCUCAGGCCGGUGGCAGACCUCCGAGUGCCAAAGAAAUGGAUCUAGCAAUGGAAAUUAUGGCAGAAUUUAUCUUUUGCGAAGUAGAUAGGCGCGGUAACAACAAAAAAUUGACAUGCAUUCAACAGCUUCAGUUAGCUCAACUUCUUUGUGAUUAUUUUGCUGGUGUCCACUUUGGCAGUGGUGGUCCCACAGGAGCUGCAGCCGGCCCCAGUGGAGAUACUGCCCGCAAUACUCUUUUUCUGUCUCUCUUCCCGCCCACCACCAGUAAAGGCAGAGCACAGGCAUUGGUGCAACUGGUUUCCAUGGCUAUUUCAACAAAAAACAAGCCCGUAUUAGAUUCCACAGGAAUAUGGAUGCAACAACUUGGGUGUACUUCUAAGUUGGUUUUGCAACUAGCUGAUGGAUUAGUUAAGGACUAUUUUGUACUCGUACCAAAGGCUGUCACUCGUCUUCAGGACCUACCAGCUUUAGCACCUCAUUUUACAGCAAACCUUUUGUCUACUGUGGCUGAAAUGUAUGCUUGUAGUGAGCAAAAAGACGGAUUUAGCCCCCCGCCAGCUGCUCUUCUAGAAGUGAUAACUCAGUGGGUCUCUGACAAUCCUCGAUUAUGCUUGACUGCAUUGGUGGUGAAUCUCCAACCCCUACUUCCACUGGGGAGCAUACCCAUGGCAGCAUUAACACCAUUUGCUGGACUAUUUAGAUGGUGUGUUCUAUCACCUCUUCUCACUACAUCAAAUUCAAUUAAAGCCUCUGGUGAUCUGUCCAAUGGAUCAUCAAAUGGAAUAUCUAAUGGAAAAAUGAACAUUAAAAAAGAAAAAGGAGGAGGGGAUAUGAACUCCCACAAGAGAGAUUUAGGUGUCGGAAAAGAGCCACCACUUUACUCUCAGUUGCAUCUUGCUCUGUUAGAAAGUCUUGUUGAAAAUGUUUACCCAUCUGUCAAUCGGCCAAACAAUGUUAAGGAUGUUGUAUCAGUGCAGCACAUAGCUGGCAUUGUUGAGCCUGUACACAAUUGGUAUAAUAAGCAAUUAAAAUUAUCAGAAAGCAGUCCUCCUCAUCUCAGUGUUGAUGAACAUGAAGCUCUAGAAUUAGCUCUUGAUAGAUUAGGACAAGCUGUGCAGAUUGCUCUGGCAGCAAAUUGUGUUUAUGGCAACAAACAGUAUCUUCUAACCCAACUAGACACCUUGAAACAUCUCCCUGAGAGCCGCUUGCUGAGGAUUGUAUUACAGACUCAUCAAGCACCAUCACUAUUUUAACAUUUGUCAUUCAAAAGUUUUACAAAGUUCUAUCUUAAAUGAAAUGUUUUUUGAACUGCGAUUGAUCAUCAAAGAAGAUUGAAGUAUCACUAUCAUAAUACACCAGCCCUGGAUGUAGCACUACUUUUUGCAAGUUUAUGUUGAUGAAUUAUUUGUUUGUUUUUUGUUAUUUUAAACACAGAUGUAUCAUACCGUGAAAUGAUUUUUAAGUCAAUUUAAAAGUAACAUACUGUACAUGAAUUGUUUCUAUUUUUCAGUCACAUGGGAUUAAAAAAAUGUUUUAAUGUUC